AUGGAUUUUGGACGGAGCGGAGGAGCGGACGUGGGAACUCGCUCUGCUGUUCUCCCAUCUGCCGCACACUGUCGAGGGUUAGAGAAGCUAUGGCAGUGUGUUCUGGGGGCCAUGGGGGCUCGGCGGCUCCACGUCCCGGCCCCGGUUUCACGUCCCGGCCCCGGUUUCACGUCCCGGCCCCGGGUUUCACGUCCCGGCCCCGGGUUUCACGUCCCGGCCCCGGCUCCACGUCCCGGCCCCGGCUCCACGUCCCGGCCCCGGCUCCACGUCCUGACCCCGGCUUCACGUCCCGGCCCUGGCUCCACGUCCCGGCCCCGGCUCCACGUCCUGACCCCGGCUCCACGUCCUGACCCCGGCUUCACGUCCCGGCCCUGGCUCCACGUCCCGGCCCCGGCUCCACGUCCUGACCCCGGCUCCACGUCCUGA